UUCGACUGGGAUACCAUCACCCCCAGUGACGAUCUUGAGUAUCAUGACUGCUAUGAGCAGUACAAAUGCGCUCGUUUACAAGUGCCCCUCGACUGGCUCAACGAGACAGACACAAGAGUAGCCACGAUUGCCAUGAUCAAGCUACCCGCUCUCGUUCCAGACAACGACCCAGCUUUUGGCGGCUCCAUCUUUUUCAACCCCGGAGGCCCUGGCGGCUCAGGCGUCUACGCCAUGCUCUCGUUGGGCCACUAUCUUCGCACCACGGUCGACAAGCCGGGCCGUCGCCAUUAUGAAAUCGUCUCCUUUGACCCUCGUGGCAUCGGUUACACGCUGCCCGCUUCCGACUGCUUCAACGGCAGUCUCGUGUCGCGCGACGCUUUCAUCUUGGAGUCCCGUGGCAAUGGGCCCCUCACCAAUGGCGACCACUCCAUCGCUUACAGCCUAGCUAUCAUGGGCGCCUUUGGACAGCGCUGCAAUCGGACCGGGGACGCCAUGGCCUUUGUCGGAACGCCGAAUGUUGCCCGCGAUAUGGUCGAGAUGGUUGAUAAGGUUGAUGAGCUGCGUAAGAGGGAUGCUGCUGCUCGGAAGCAAAACAAAAAAGGAGGGGGCCCAGAACCUGGAGAUGUUCCGCGUCUCCAGUACAUUGGCUUUUCCUAUGGUACCAUUCUUGGUAACUACUUUGCUUCCAUGUUUCCUGGUCGAGUUGGUCGUCUCAUUCUCGACGGAGUCUGUGAUGCCGAGGAUUAUUCGACCGGCCCGGGCUGGCUCACAAACACCGUUGAUACUGAUGAGAUCUUUGACAACUUCUUACACGGCUGUGCCGCUGCCGGCCCCGAAGAGUGUGCUUUAGCCCGCGAAUCAGACACCCAUGGAGCAUCCGAUAUACGCUGCCGUCUCGACCGCUUCCUCCUAGAUCUGGACCAGAGGCCCAAGCCCGUGCUGCUAGACUCCGGCGAUGCUGUCAUUGUCACCGGCGAAGACGUCCGCUCUCUGAUUGGCUUAACGCUUUACAGUCCUCUGAAGGGAUUCAAAAUACUCGCCAAGGAGUUGAACAGCUUCAUAUCCGGCAACAUUACCAAAAUGGCCGUCUUAGAUUUGGGCUUGGGCGCGAUGCCAGUCAUGAAUGACGCAUGUCCUAUAACCAACAGCACCGAACCCCAGCUUAUUGGAAAAAUAGAGUCGCAGAAUGCCGUCGUUUGCAUUGAUGGUGACGACAUUACCGACAAGGACGUUUCUUGGUGGCGCAAAUACGUGAAUCGCCAAGUAAGCGCAUCCAGCAUCUUCGGUGCCGAAUGGGCGACAAUCCGUCUGCCCUGCUCCAGCUGGCGAUUUCGUCCCAAGUGGCAGUUCAAAGGUCCCUUUACCACGCCAGAGCCCGACCCAUCCAUCAAAUCGGGCCAUCCAGCAGCACCCAUUCUCUUUCUCUCGAAUCGACUUGAUCCUGUGACGCCUCUGAGGGCUGCUCAGGCCAUGGCCGCACAGCAUCCCGGCGCCCGUGUCAUCAUUCAAGAGGCCAUGGGCCACUGUGCUGUGGCUUCUGCCCCCAGCAGCUGUACCAAGAGGGUUGUAGCUGACUAUUUCGAAUCCGGCGUUAUCCCGUUCGAUGUAUCAACAUGUAGCAUCGAGUGCGGCCCU